AUGGGUGAGGAGGGAAUGGUCGCCCACAAGAAGCUCACGAUCCUGCCCCUCAUCGCCCUAAUCUUCUACGAGGUCUCCGGCGGCCCCUUCGGCGUUGAGGACUCCGUCAGAUCCGGCGGCGGGCCCCUCCUCUCCCUACUCGGCUUCCUCGUCUUCCCCUUCUUCUGGAGCAUCCCGGAGGCACUGGUCACGGCGGAGCUCGCCACCAGCUUCCCGGCCAACGGCGGCUACGUCCUCUGGAUCUCGUCGGCCUUCGGCCCCUUCUGGGGCUUCCAGGAGGGCCUCUGGAAGUGGUUCAGCGGGGUCAUGGACAACGCACUCUACCCGGUCCUCUUCCUCGACUACCUCAAACGCUCCUUCCCGGUUUUCGAACAGACGGCCGCCCGGAUCCCGGCCCUGCUGGCCAUUACGGUCGUGCUGACGUAUUUGAACUACAGAGGACUGCACAUUGUGGGCUACUCGGCCGUCUUACUCGCUUGUUUCUCGCUUUUCCCAUUUCUCGUGAUGGGCAUAUUGGCCGUACCCCGUCUCCAGCCCAGGAGAUGGCUUGCCAUGGAUUACCGGAGAGUAAGCUGGCGGGGCUACUUCAAUAGCCUCUUCUGGAACUUGAACUACUGGGAUAACGCCAGUACGCUGGCAGGUGAGGUUGAGAACCCGGCCCGGGCCUUCCCCAGGGCCUUGUUUGGGGCAAUUGUUCUGGUUGUGUGCUCGUAUCUUGUUCCUCUGCUGGCGGGUACAGGGGCUGUGCAGACGGACCCCGGAGAUUGGAGUGACGGGUAUUUUGCGGAGGUGGGAAUGUUGAUCGGAGGCCAGUGGCUGAGGUGGUGGAUUCAGGCGGCGGCCGCUUUCUCGAACUUGGGCCUAUUUGAGGCUGAGAUGAGCAGUGAUGCUUACCAGCUUUUGGGGAUGAGCGAGAUAGGGAUGCUGCCAGCAGUGUUUGCUUCCAGAUCAAAAUACAACACACCCACAUUCAGCAUCUUGUGCUCUGCAUCGGGCGUGAUACUCCUAUCUUGGAUGAGCUUUCAAGAAAUCCUCGAAUUCCUCAACUUCCUUUAUGCAAUCGGCAUGCUUUUCGAAUUUGCUGCAUUCAUAAUGUUACGAAUAAAAAAACCGGACCUACACAGACCUUACCGAGUCCCCCUGCAAACUACCGGCUCGAUUUUCCUCUGCUUGCCACCUGUACUCUUACUGGCGCUCGUCAUGUCCCUUGCGUCCCUUAACACAUUCCUAGUCAGUGGUGUCGUGAUUUUGUUCGGGUUUGCUCUUUAUCCAGCUUUGAUUCAAGCAAAGGAGAGAAAGUGGGUUGAUUUCCACACCGAUAUCGGAUUAGACUCAGGUGGCGACAAUCUCGAGAGACAGGCGGUUGUGUUGGAAAACGGGCAGGUUAGCGACGAGGCAGCCCGUGGCCUUUUAGAAGGAUCUUCUGCUGAUUUUUCACACGAGGACUUUGCAAAAUCAGAGUAG